AAAAAAAAAAAAAAAAUCAAGGUAAACAACUCGCUCCUACCGACUCAGUUAGAGUCUCAAACGAUUCUUACCCUGACCCAGAACUCGAGAUGAAAGGCGGUCAAACCAAAUCCGAAGCGACGAGCACCGAUCAGAGACUCAAAACCAGAGGAAGGAAGAAGAAGACGCCGACGAAAGACCCAAACAAACCUAAGAGACCUCCAAGCGCCUUCUUCGUCUUCCUAGAUGAUUUCCGACGAGAGUUCAACGCGGCGAACCCUAACAACAAGUCCGUCGCCGCCGUUGGUAAGGCUGCUGGAGUUAAGUGGAAGUCUAUGAGUGAGGAAGAGAAAGCUCCUUACGCUUCCAAGGCGGAGAGCAGGAAGAGUGAGUAUGUCAAGAGUAUGCAACAGUACAACAUGGGACUGGCUAGUGGAACCAACCGAGGUGAAGAUGAAGAAUCCAAGUCUGAAGUGGACGAAGCUGGAGGAAGCGAGGAGGAGGAAGAAGACGACGAUUAAGGAGGGUUCUAGUUGUUGCCAUUGACUGACUCAGAUUUGAGGAUGGAAUUAGCAAAAUUUAAUUAGAUGUUGUGACCUUAAAACUGAAAAAACUGGUUAUGCUCUGUGUGUUUGUAAUAUUAAGAACCUUAUUUGCUUCUCUUCUUUGUCUUUAGCUCAGUUGUACUAUGGAUUUAGUCUAAGCGUUUGACUUCUACUUAUGGUAUUGUUGACUUCUCUUUGACUUUUGUCAACUUGUUGUGCUCUCUUCUGGUAAUGGUAUAUUGUUGUUUGACUCUUGUGUAGGAUCAUUUUCCACGGAAAUUUUGAUCGAACGUUUGGU